AUGAGUGACGAAGAGGCGAUUCAGAACAUUCUCAAAAAGAUUGAGCGCGAAAAGGUCUUGAUGAAUGGCGCCAACGCCAUGCUGGCCCAGACCGACAAUGACUCUGUCCGAUCAAGACUCAACUCCCAACUGCGAGAUACUCGCCGAAACCUUCAAUUCUUUGAAGAAAAGCUGCGGGAACUGCAGAUGCGCCGCAACCAGUCCGCCAUGGAUAGUAUGUCGCUGGGUGGACCUGACGAUGGAGCUGAGGGCGACGGCUCGGGUCCUCCUCCUCCGCCGCCAAAGGAUGCCGGUUCGUGGGGAGAACAUGCUCGCGCCGGCAGCAGUACCUCCUUCGGUUCUACCCAGUACAGCCAAAUCGGUCAGCAUGGCGACCUCAUGCCGCCUCGCCAUCCCUAUGCUCCCCCAGGCCCGGCAUCAUCUGUGCCCAAGCCUCGACCCAACUACACCAAGCUUGAUCUGAUCAAAUACGACAAUCCGUACCUGGGACCACGAAUUCAACUCAUGCUUUCUCAGAUUCAGUUCAAGCUCAAGGUUGAAGAACAAUACCUGAAGGGUGUCGAGAAGAUGGUGCAGCUGUAUGGCAUGGAGGGCGACAGGAAGAGCAGAGCAGAUGCUUCGGCUCGUAGGGUCGAGAGCAAGCAAAAGAUUCUCUUGCUGAAGCAGGCCCUCAAACGCUACGAGGAACUUCACGUGGCUGAUGUUGUGGGCUCCGAUGAUCACGACGCCGACAGAAUGGGCGCCCCGCCCAGCCAGUUUCCUAUGAGCCCGCAGCAGCAGCAAACACCUUCACUUGGGGGGCCUCCAGGCUCCCCGGGAGCGUAUGCCUCACAGCCCAUGAGCCCUCAGGGCCAGGCACCGCUCCCGCCUCCCAGUCAGGUUGCACAGCAGCCCAUCGAUGGCUGGUUCAACCUUGAGCCGGCUGGCCAAAUUCGCCUGUCUCUUGGAUUCGUCAAGCAGAAUAAGGAACGCCGCACCGUCGAUCUGGGUCUCGGACGCAAGGGUGCCAUCAGGCAGCGCAAGGAGGAGGUCCACGAAAUGUACGGCCACAAAUUUGUCCAGCACCAGUUCUACAACAUUAUGCGCUGUGCUCUGUGCGGCGACUUCCUGAAGUAUUCUGCCGGUAUGCAGUGCGAGGACUGCAAGUACACUUGUCACACUAAGUGCUAUACCAGCGUUGUCACCAAAUGUAUCAGCAAGAGCAACGCCGAGACGGAUCCGGACGAGGAGAAGAUCAACCAUCGCAUCCCCCACAGAUUCCAGCCUUAUUCGAAUAUGAACGCCAACUGGUGCUGCCACUGUGGCUACAUCUUGCCCUUCGGCAAGAAGAACUGUCGCAAAUGUUCGGAGUGCGGCUCCACAGCUCACGCUCAAUGCGUUCACCUUGUGCCAGACUUUUGCGGCAUGUCUAUGGCUGUGGCUAAUCAGAUUCUUGAGGGCAUCAGAACGACAAAGCAGAUCAAUAAGCAGAAGGCGACUUCCUUGAGCGAACGUACUCUGCGGGGCACUGGACGCACGAGUCCUACCAGUAGUAUGAGUUCGUCCACGCUCGUCAGCGGUGGACAUGCGCCAUCAUACUCUACAGGCUCGGCUGAAGCAACGGAAGCCGCCAAGAUCAUGUACCAACAGCAGACGUCACAAAGGCCGCCCCAGCCUGAUCGGACUUCGUCCAGCCAAGCUGCAGCAGCUGCGGCUUCCGCCGCCAUGAGUGGCUCGACAGUCGCUACCGGCCGGCAGAGCCAGUCGCAGGACUAUGGUCGCUACAGCAGCGGCUACCCCACCUCGCCUGAUCAACAACAAGAUGACCCUUACAACCAGUACGGAUCUCAGCAGCGUCCAUACAACCCUGCAGACUACGCCAAGGUCAACUCCUACUCAGGCCAGCCUCAGCAGGCAAGCCGCCCGGUCCAGCAGCAGCAGCAGCAACCCCAAGUACCACCACAUCAGGUCACUCCCCAGCAGCACCAGCCGCAGCACCAGCAGCACCAACAACAGCAGCAGGCAGCUCCAUACCAACAACCAGCAGCGCCUAUCAGCAAGCCUUCUGUACCCGAGCCGUCCCCGACAUCGCCCACCUCCGCUGGCCCGCUUACCACAAGCGGUGGGCGCAAGCCGUUGCCAUCGGCCACAGACCCUGGAACAGGACAGCGCAUUGGCCUAGACCACUUCAACUUCCUUGCUGUCCUUGGUAAAGGUAAUUUUGGCAAGGUCAUGCUGGCGGAGACCAAGAGGUCGAAACGUUUGUACGCGAUCAAGGUCCUGAAGAAGGAGUUCAUUAUUGAAAAUGAUGAGGUUGAAAGUAUCCGAUCAGAGAAGCGAGUGUUCCUGAUCGCCAACAGGGAACGUCAUCCGUUCUUGACUAACCUUCACGCGUGUUUCCAAACGGAAACCAGGGUAUACUUCGUCAUGGAAUACGUCAGCGGUGGCGAUCUUAUGCUACACAUUCAACGCGGCCAAUUCGGCACCAAGCGUGCACAAUUCUAUGCGGCCGAGGUGUGCCUGGCACUCAAGUACUUCCAUGAGAACGGAGUCAUCUACCGUGACUUGAAACUGGACAACAUCCUGUUGACACUCGAUGGUCACAUCAAGAUUGCUGACUACGGUCUUUGCAAAGAGGACAUGUGGUUCGGCUCCAACACGAGCACAUUCUGCGGAACGCCUGAGUUUAUGGCCCCAGAGAUUCUGCUGGACAAAAAGUAUGGUCGCGCAGUUGAUUGGUGGGCUUUCGGCGUCUUGAUCUACCAGAUGCUGCUACAGCAGUCGCCUUUCCGCGGCGAGGACGAGGACGAAAUCUACGACGCCAUUCUUGCGGACGAGCCACUGUACCCGAUCCACAUGCCUAGAGACAGCGUGUCUAUUCUCCAGAAGCUCCUCACCCGCGAGCCCGAUCAGCGUCUCGGCAGCGGCCCGACCGAUGCCCAGGAGAUCAUGAACCAGCCUUUCUUCCGGAACAUUAGCUGGGAUGACAUUUACCACAAGCGUGUGCCCCCGCCCUUCCUGCCGAGCAUCAAGAGCGCCACCGACACGAGCAACUUUGAUUCGGAAUUCACGAGCGUCACGCCAGUGCUUACCCCCGUUCAGUCUGUUCUGUCGCAAGCGAUGCAGGAGGAAUUCCGCGGAUUCUCCUACACUGCCGACUUUGAGUGA